CCUUGAUAUAACCUGACCGCGAGAUCACUGUAAAGUCGUUGGAAAGGCAGAUAGCUGAACUUGACAUGGCACCACGCGACACUAUUGAAGUCAUAGUUGAGCCCAGUGACCGCGAUUCCGUUGAGGUAACUGAAGAAAUCGUUCAAUUGACGCCGCACGACACAAAGACCAAGAAGGUCAAAAAAGUCAGAAAGGAGAAAAAGCCGGACGGCGAAACCGUGCUCCAGAUUACAGAAGAGGUGGAAGAACUGAAGCCGGAGGAUCUCGACGAAAUCGAGGCUCCACUUGGUGAACGACAGCCACGCAAGGUCUCCAAGACUACCAAGAAGGUGACUAAGCCUUCUGGAGAGUCUGUACAGGCCGUCGAAGAAGUGACUGACUUGCAACCAAAGCCUGAAGAAAAGGACCUCGUUGCAGUCAGCGAAACACUCCUGGAAGUUGUGGAAGAGAAACCAGACGAGGCCCCUCAAAGACGGGUCAAGAAAGUGAGGCGUUCUCGAAAGAAGUCUGGACAAGAGGUAGUGGAAGAAGUCACGGACAAGGAGGAAGAGCUGAAGCCUCGUCUUCCCCAAAAGCCGGAAGAGGAGGAAAAGAAACCGUUCCCCACGGUCCCGGAGGCUGAGCCCCUUCCAGAAAAGCCACUGGCCUUUGUCCUCGGCGAGAAACCCAAAGUGACAGAAGGCGAAGUGCGCCACCAGAGAACGGUCACAAAAUCGAGAAAGCCCACUGGAGACGUUGUAGAGGUCACUUUGGACACUGUGGAACGAAAACCCACACCUCAGGAGCAAACGGAGGGCGUUGUCGAAGUCACCGAGGUCACGGAGGAGACGGUCGAACAUGCGCCGCGCAAAAAAGGCGUCUUGGACAGGCCAAAGAAGACCAUCAAGAAGACCAAGAAGACCCGCUCGGAGACGGGAGAAAUUGUCGAGGACGUUAGCGAGAAAGUCCUUCACCUGAAACCGAGAAAAGAUAGGCGCGAAAGCGUUGAGGUCAAUGUUGAUGUACAGUUCCUUGACAUAACCGACCGCGAGAUCACUGUAAAGUCGUUGGAAAGGCAGAUAGCUGAACUUGACAUGGCACCACGCGACACUAUUGAAGUCAUAGUUGAGCCCAGUGACCGCGAUUCCGUUGAGGUAACUGAAGAAAUCGUUCAAUUGACGCCGCACGACACAAAGACCAAGAAGGUCAAAAAAGCUAGAAAGGAGAAAAAGCCGGACGGCGAAACCGUGCUCCAGAUUACAGAAGAGGUGGAAGAACUGAAGCCGGAGGAUCUCGACGAAAUCGAGGCUCCACUUGGUGAACGACAGCCACGCAAGGUCUCCAAGACUACCAAGAAGGUGACUAAGCCUUCUGGAGAGUCUGUACAGGCCGUCGAAGAAGUGACUGACUUGCAACCAAAGCCUGAAGAAAAGGACCUCGUUGCAGUCAGCGAAACACUCCUGGAAGUUGUGGAAGAGAAACCAGACGAGGCCCCUCAAAGACGGGUCAAGAAAGUGAGGCGUUCUCGAAAGAAGUCUGGACAAGAGGUAGUGGAAGAAGUCACGGACAAGGAGGAAGAGCUGAAGCCUCGUCUUCCCCAAAAGCCGGAAGAGGAGGAAAAGAAACCGUUCCCCACGGUCCCGGAGGCUGAGCCCCUUCCAGAAAAGCCACUGGCCUUUGUCCUCGGCGAGAAACCCAAAGUGACAGAAGGCGAAGUGCGCCACCAGAGAACGGUCACAAAAUCGAGAAAGCCCACUGGAGACGUUGUAGAGGUCACUUUGGACACUGUGGAACGAAAACCCACACCUCAGGAGCAAACGGAGGGCGUUGUCGAAGUCACCGAGGUCACGGAGGAGACGGUCGAACAUGCGCCGCGCAAAAAAGGCGUCUUGGACAGGCCAAAGAAGACCAUCAAGAAGACCAAGAAGACCCGCUCGGAGACGGGAGAAAUUGUCGAGGAAGUUAGCGAGAAAGUCCUUCACCUGAAACCGAGAAAAGAUAGGCGCGAAAGCGUUGAGGUCAAUGUUGAUGUACAGUUCCUUGAUAUAACCGACCGCGAGAUCACUGUAAAGUCGUUGGAAAGGCAGAUAGCUGAACUUGACAUGGCACCACGCGACACUAUUGAAGUCAUAGUUGAGCCCAGUGACCGCGAUUCCGUUGAGGUAACUGAAGAAAUCGUUCAAUUGACGCCGCACGACACAAAGACCAAGAAGGUCAAAAAAGUUAGAAAGGAGAAAAAGCCGGACGGCGAAACCGUGCUCCAGAUUACAGAAGAGGUGGAAGAACUGAAGCCGGAGGAUCUCGACGAAAUCGAGGCUCCACUUGGUGAACGACAGCCACGCAAGGUCUCCAAGACUACCAAGAAGGUGACUAAGCCUUCUGGAGAGUCUGUACAGGCCGUCGAAGAAGUGACUGACUUGCAACCAAAGCCUGAAGAAAAGGACCUCGUUGCAGUCAGCGAAACACUCCUGGAAGUUGUGGAAGAGAAACCAGACGAGGCCCCUCAAAGACGGGUCAAGAAAGUGAGGCGUUCUCGAAAGAAGUCUGGACAAGAGGUAGUGGAAGAAGUCACGGACAAGGAGGAAGAGCUGAAGCCUCGUCUUCCCCAAAAGCCGGAAGAGGAGGAAAAGAAACCGUUCCCCACGGUCCCGGAGGCUGAGCCCCUUCCAGAAAAGCCACUGGCCUUUGUCCUCGGCGAGAAACCCAAAGUGACAGAAGGCGAAGUGCGCCACCAGAGAACGGUCACAAAAUCGAGAAAGCCCACUGGAGACGUUGUAGAGGUCACUUUGGACACUGUGGAACGAAAACCCACACCUGAGGAGCAAACGGAGGGCGUUGUCGAAGUCACCGAGGUCACGGAGGAGACGGUCGAACAUGCGCCGCGCAAAAAAGGCGUCUUGGACAGGCCAAAGAAGACCAUCAAGAAGACCAAGAAGACCCGCUCGGAGACGGGAGAAAUUGUCGAGGAAGUUAGCGAGAAAGUCCUUCACCUGAAACCGAGAAAAGAUAGGCGCGAAAGCGUUGAGGUCAAUGUUGAUGUACAGUUCCUUGACAUAACCGACCGCGAGAUCACUGUAAAGUCGUUGGAAAGGCAGAUAGCUGAACUUGACAUGGCACCACGCGACACUAUUGAAGUCAUAGUUGAGCCCAGUGACCGCGAUUCCGUUGAGGUAACUGAAGAAAUCGUUCAAUUGACGCCGCACGACACAAAGACCAAGAAGGUCAAAAAAGUUAGAAAGGAGAAAAAGCCGGACGGCGAAACCGUGCUCCAGAUUACAGAAGAGGUGGAAGAACUGAAGCCGGAGGAUCUCGACGAAAUCGAGGCUCCACUUGGUGAACGACAGCCACGCAAGGUCUCCAAGACUACCAAGAAGGUGACUAAGCCUUCUGGAGAGUCUGUACAGGCCGUCGAAGAAGUGACUGACUUGCAACCAAAGCCUGAAGAAAAGGGACCUCGUUGCAAGGUAGUGGAAGAAGUCACGGAGAAGGAGGAAGAGCUGAAGCCUCGUCUUCCCCAAAAGCCGGAAGAGGAGGAAAAGAAACCGUUCCCCACGGUCCCGGAGGCUGAGCCCCUUCCAGAAAAGCCACUGGCCUUUGUCCUCGGCGAGAAACCCAAAGUGACAGAAGGCGAAGUGCGCCACCAGAGAACGGUCACAAAAUCGAGAAAGCCCACUGGAGACGUUGUAGAGGUCACUUUGGACACUGUGGAACGAAAACCCACACCUGAGGAGCAAACGGAGGGCGUUGUCGAAGUCACCGAGGUCACGGAGGAGACGGUCGAACAUGCGCCGCGCAAAAAAGGCGUCUUGGACAGGCCAAAGAAGACCAUCAAGAAGACCAAGAAGACCCGCUCGGAGACGGGAGAAAUUGUCGAGGAAGUUAGCGAGAAAGUCCUUCACCUGAAACCGAGAAAAGAUAGGCGCGAAAGCGUUGAGGUCAAUGUUGAUGUACAGUUCCUUGACAUAACCGACCGCGAGAUCACUGUAAAGUCGUUGGAAAGGCAGAUAGCUGAACUUGACAUGGCACCACGCGACACUAUUGAAGUCAUAGUUGAGCCCAGUGACCGCGAUUCCGUUGAGGUAACUGAAGAAAUCGUUCAAUUGACGCCGCACGACACAAAGACCAAGAAGGUCAAAAAAGUUAGAAAGGAGAAAAAGCCGGACGGCGAAACCGUGCUCCAGAUUACAGAAGAGGUGGAAGAACUGAAGCCGGAGGAUCUCGACGAAAUCGAGGCUCCACUUGGUGAACGACAGCCACGCAAGGUCUCCAAGACUACCAAGAAGGUGACUAAGCCUUCUGGAGAGUCUGUACAGGCCGUCGAAGAAGUGACUGACUUGCAACCAAAGCCUGAAGAAAAGGACCUCGUUGCAGUCAGCGAAACACUCCUGGAAGUUGUGGAAGAGAAACCAGACGAGGCCCCUCAAAGACGGGUCAAGAAAGUGAGGCGUUCUCGAAAGAAGUCUGGACAAGAGCCGGAAGAGGAGGAAAAGAAACCGUUCCCCACGGUCCCGGAGGCUGAGCCCCUUCCAGAGAAGCCACUGGCCUUUGUCCUCGGCGAGAAACCCAAGGUGACAGAAGGCGAAGUGCGCCACCAGAGAACGGUCACAAAAUCGAGAAAGCCCACUGGAGACAUUGUAGAGGUCACUUUGGACACUGUGGAACGAAAACCCACACCUGAGGAGCAAACGGAGGGCGUUGUCGAAGUCACCGAGGUCACGGAGGAGACGGUCGAACAUGCGCCGCGCAAAAAAGGCGUCUUGGACAGGCCAAAGAAGACCAUCAAGAAGACCAAGAAGACCCGCUCGGAGACGGGAGAAAUUGUCGAGGAAGUUAGCGAGAAAGUCCUUCACCUGAAACCGAGAAAAGAUAGGCGCGAAAGCGUUGAGGUCAAUGUUGAUGUACAGUUCCUUGACAUAACCGACCGCGAGAUCACUGUAAAGUCGUUGGAAAGGCAGAUAGCUGAACUUGACAUGGCACCACGCGACACUAUUGAAGUCAUAGUUGAGCCCAGUGACCGCGAUUCCGUUGAGGUAACUGAAGAAAUCGUUCAAUUGACGCCGCACGACACAAAGACCAAGAAGGUCAAAAAAGUUAGAAAGGAGAAAAAGCCGGACGGCGAAACCGUGCUCCAGAUUACAGAAGAGGUGGAAGAACUGAAGCCGGAGGAUCUCGACGAAAUCGAGGCUCCACUUGGUGAACGACAGCCACGCAAGGUCUCCAAGACUACCAAGAAGGUGACUAAGCCUUCUGGAGAGUCUGUACAGGCCGUCGAAGAAGUGACUGACUUGCAACCAAAGCCUGAAGAAAAGGACCUCAUUGCAGUCAGCGAAACACUCCUGGAAGUUGUGGAAGAGAAACCAGACGAGGCCCCUCAAAGACGGGUCAAGAAAGUGAGGCGUUCUCGAAAUAAGUCUGGACAAGAGGUAGUGGAAGAAGUCACGGACAAGGAGGAAGAGCUGAAGCCUCGUCUUCCCCAAAAGCCGGAAGAGGACGAAAAGAAACCGUUCCCCACGGUCCCGGAGGCUGAGCCCCUUCCAGAAAAGCCACUGGCCUUUGUCCUCGGCGAGAAACCCAAAGUGACAGAAGGCGAAGUGCGCCACCAGAGAACGGUCACAAAAUCGAGAAAGCCCACUGGAGACGUUGUAGAGGUCACCUUGGACACUGUGGAACGAAAACCCACACCUGAGGAGCAAACGGAGGGCGUUGUCGAAGUCACCGAGGUCACGGAGGAGACGGUCGAACAUGCGCCGCGCAAAAAAGGCGUCUUGGACAGGCCAAAGAAAACCAUCAAAAAGACCAAGAAAACCCGCUCGAUAUCGGGACAGAUUGUCGAGGAGGUUAGCGAGAAGGUCCUUCACCUGAAACCGAGAAAAGAUAGGCGCGAAAGCGUUGAGGUCAAUGUUGAUGUAGAGUUCCUUGAUAUAACCGACCGCGAGAUCACUGUAAAGUCGUUGGAAAGGCAGAUAGCUGAACUUGACAUGGCACCACGCGACACCAUUGAGCUCAUAGUUGAGCCAAGUGACCGCGAUUCUGUUGAGUUAACUGAAGAGACCAUUCAAUUGAAACCUGACGACACAAAGACCAAGAAGGUCAAAAGGGUUAAAAAGGAGAAGAGGCCGGACGGCGAAACCGUGCUUCAAAUUACAGAAGAAGUCGAAGAACUGAAGCCAGAGGAGCUGGACCAAAUCGAGGCUCCACUUGGUGAACGACAGCCACGCAAAAUCUCCAAGACUACCAAGAAGGUGAGGAAGCCCUCUGGAGAAUCCGUACUGGUUGUUGAAGAAGUGACUGACUUAAAACCAAAACCUGAAGAAAAGGACCUAGUUGUCAUCAGCGAAACAGUCUUGGAAGUUGUUGAAGAAAAGCCAGACGAGACACCUCAAAGAACGGUGACGAAAGUACGGCGUUCCCGGAAGAAGUCUGGUGAAGAGGUAGUGGAACAUGUCACGGACAAGGAGGAAGAGUUGAAGCCUCGUCUUCCUGAAAAGCCGGAAGGCGUGGAAGAAAAGCCGCUCCCUACUGUCCCCGAGGCCGAACUGGUUCCAGAGAAACCACUCGCCUUCGUCUUGGACGAGAAACCCAAGGUUACAGAGGGCGAAGUGCGCCACCAGAGAACGGUCACCAAAGCGAGAAAGCCCACUGGAGACAUUGUGGAAGUCACCUUGGACACUGUGGACCGAAAGCCCACACCUCAAGAAGAAACGGAUGGCAUUGUCGAAGUCACCGAAAUCACGGAGGAGAAGGUCGAACACGCACCACGCAAAAAGGGCGUUUUGGACAGGCCAAAGAAAACCAUCAAGAAGACCAAGAAGACCCGCUCGGAGACGGGAGAAAUUGUCGAGGAAGUUAGCGAGAAAGUCCUUCACCUGAAACCGAGAAAAGAUAGGCGCGAAAGCGUUGAGGUCAAUGUUGAUGUAGAGUUCCUUGAUAUAACUGACCGCGAGAUCACUGUAAAGUCGUUGGAAAGGCAGAUAGCUGAACUUGACAUGGCACCACGCGACACCAUUGAACUCAUAGUUGAGCCAGGUGACCGCGAUUCUGUUGAGUUAACUGAAGAGACCAUUCAAUUGAAACCUGACGACACAAAGACCAAGAAGGUCAAAAGGGUUAAAAAGGAGAAGAGGCCGGACGGCGAAACCGUGCUUCAAAUUACGGAAGAAGUCGAAGAACUGAAGCCAGAGGAGCUGGACCAAAUCGAGGCUCCACUUGGUGAACGACAGCCACGCAAAAUCUCCAAGACUACCAAGAAGGUGAGGAAGCCCUCUGGAGAAUCCGUACUGGUUGUUGAAGAAGUGACUGACUUGGAACCAAAACCUGAAGAAAAGGACCUAGUUGUCAUCAGCGAAACAGUCUUGGAAGUUGUUGAAGAAAAGCCAGACGAGACACCUCAAAGAACGGUGACGAAAGUACGGCGUUCCCGGAAGAAGUCUGGUGAAGAGGUAGUGGAACAUGUCACGGACAAGGAGGAAGAGUUGAAGCCUCGUCUUCCUGAAAAGCCGGAAGGCGUGGAAGAAAAGCCGCUCCCUACUGUCUCCGAGGCCGAACUGGUUCCAGAGAAACCACUCGCCUUCGUCUUGGACGAGAAACCCAAGGUUACAGAGGGCGAAGUGCGCCACCAGAGAACGGUCACCAAAGCGAGAAAGCCCACUGGAGACAUUGUGGAAGUCACCUUGGACACUGUGGACCGAAAGCCCACACCUCAAGAGGAAACGGAUGGCAUUGUCGAAGUCACCGAAAUCACGGAGGAGAAGGUCGAACACGCACCACGCAAAAAGGGCGUUUUGGACAGGCCAAAGAAAACCAUCAAGAAGACCAAGAAGACCCGCUCGGAGACGGGAGAAAUUGUCGAGGAAGUUAGCGAGAAAGUCCUUCACCUGAAACCGAGAAAAGAUAGGCGCGAAAGCGUUGAGGUCAAUGUUGAUGUAGAGUUCCUUGAUAUAACUGACCGCGAGAUCACUGUAAAGUCGUUGGAAAGGCACAUAGCUGAACUUGACAUGGCACCACGCGACACCAUUGAACUCAUAGUUGAGCCAAGUGACCGCGAUUCUGUUGAGUUAACUGAAGAGACCAUUCAAUUGAAACCUGACGACACAAAGACCAAGAAGGUCAAAAGGGUUAAAAAGGAGAAGAGGCCGGACGGCGAAACCGUGCUUCAAAUUACGGAAGAAGUCGAAGAACUGAAGCCAGAGGAGCUGGACCAAAUCGAGGCUCCACUUGGUGAACGACAGCCACGCAAAAUCUCCAAGACUACCAAGAAGGUGAGGAAGCCCUCUGGAGAAUCCGUACUGGUUGUUGAAGAAGUGACUGACUUGGAACCAAAACCUGAAGAAAAGGACCUAGUUGUCAUCAGCGAAACAGUCUUGGAAGUUGUUGAAGAAAAGCCAGACGAGACACCUCAAAGAACGGUGACGAAAGUACGGCGUUCCCGGAAGAAGUCUGGUGAAGAGGUAGUGGAACAUGUCACGGACAAGGAGGAAGAGUUGAAGCCUCGUCUUCCUGAAAAGCCGGAAGGCGUGGAAGAAAAGCCGCUCCCUACUGUCUCCGAGGCCGAACUGGUUCCAGAGAAACCACUCGCCUUCGUCUUGGACGAGAAACCCAAGGUUACAGAGGGCGAAGUGCGCCACCAGAGAACGGUCACCAAAGCGAGAAAGCCCACUGGAGACAUUGUGGAAGUCACCUUGGACACUGUGGACCGAAAGCCCACACCUCAAGAGGAAACGGAUGGCAUUGUCGAAGUCACCGAAAUCACGGAGGAGAAGGUCGAACACGCACCACGCAAAAAGGGCGUUUUGGACAGGCCAAAGAAAACCAUCAAGAAGACCAAGAAGACCCGCUCGGAGACGGGAGAAAUUGUCGAGGAAGUUAGCGAGAAAGUCCUUCACCUGAAACCGAGAAAAGAUAGGCGCGAAAGCGUUGAGGUCAAUGUUGAUGUAGAGUUCCUUGAUAUAACUGACCGCGAGAUCACUGUAAAGUCGUUGGAAAGGCAGAUAGCUGAACUUGACAUGGCACCACGCGACACCAUUGAACUCAUAGUUGAGCCAGGUGACCGCGAUUCUGUUGAGUUAACUGAAGAGACCAUUCAAUUGAAACCUGACGACACAAAGACCAAGAAGGUCAAAAGGGUUAAAAAGGAGAAGAGGCCGGACGGCGAAACCGUGCUUCAAAUUACGGAAGAAGUCGAAGAACUGAAGCCAGAGGAGCUGGACCAAAUCGAGGCUCCACUUGGUGAACGACAGCCACGCAAAAUCUCCAAGACUACCAAGAAGGUGAGGAAGCCCUCUGGAGAAUCCGUACUGGUUGUUGAAGAAGUGACUGACUUGGAACCAAAACCUGAAGAAAAGGACCUAGUUGUCAUCAGCGAAACAGUCUUGGAAGUUGUUGAAGAAAAGCCAGACGAGACACCUCAAAGAACGGUGACGAAAGUACGGCGUUCCCGGAAGAAGUCUGGUGAAGAGGUAGUGGAACAUGUCACGGACAAGGAGGAAGAGUUGAAGCCUCGUCUUCCUGAAAAGCCGGAAGGCGUGGAAGAAAAGCCGCUCCCUACUGUCUCCCAGGCCGAACUGGUUCCAGAGAAACCACUCGCCUUCGUCUUGGACGAGAAACCCAAGGUUACAGAGGGCGAAGUGCGCCACCAGAGAACGGUCACCAAAGCGAGAAAGCCCACUGGAGACAUUGUGGAAGUCACCUUGGACACUGUGGACCGAAAGCCCACACCUCAAGAGGAAACGGAUGGCAUUGUCGAAGUCACCGAAAUCACGGAGGAGAAGGUCGAACACGCACCACGCAAAAAGGGCGUUUUGGACAGGCCAAAGAAAACCAUCAAGAAGACCAAGAAGACCCGCUCGGAGACGGGAGAAAUUGUCGAGGAAGUUAGCGAGAAAGUCCUUCACCUGAAACCGAGAAAAGAUAGGCGCGAAAGCGUUGAGGUCAAUGUUGAUGUAGAGUUCGUUGAUAUAACUGACCGCGAGAUCACUGUAAAGUCGUUGGAAAGGCACAUAGCUGAACUUGACAUGGCACCACGCGACACCAUUGAACUCAUAGUUGAGCCAAGUGACCGCGAUUCUGUUGAGUUAACUGAAGAGACCAUUCAAUUGAAACCUGACGACACAAAGACCAAGAAGGUCAAAAGGGUUAAAAAGGAGAAGAGGCCGGACGGCGAAACCGUGCUUCAAAUUACGGAAGAAGUCGAAGAACUGAAGCCAGAGGAGCUGGACCAAAUCGAGGCUCCACUUGGUGAACGACAGCCACGCAAAAUCUCCAAGACUACCAAGAAGGUGAGGAAGCCCUCUGGAGAAUCCGUACUGGUUGUUGAAGAAGUGACUGACUUGGAACCAAAACCUGAAGAAAAGGACCUAGUUGUCAUCAGCGAAACAGUCUUGGAAGUUGUUGAAGAAAAGCCAGACGAGACACCUCAAAGAACGGUGACGAAAGUACGGCGUUCCCGGAAGAAGUCUGGUGAAGAGGUAGUGGAACAUGUCACGGACAAGGAGGAAGAGUUGAAGCCUCGUCUUCCUGAAAAGCCGGAAGGCGUGGAAGAAAAGCCGCUCCCUACUGUCUCCGAGGCCGAACUGGUUCCAGAGAAACCACUCGCCUUCGUCUUGGACGAGAAACCCAAGGUUACAGAGGGCGAAGUGCGCCACCAGAGAACGGUCACCAAAGCGAGAAAGCCCACUGGAGACAUUGUGGAAGUCACCUUGGACACUGUGGACCGAAAGCCCACACCUCAAGAGGAAACGGAUGGCAUUGUCGAAGUCACCGAAAUCACGGAGGAGAAGGUCGAACACGCACCACGCAAAAAGGGCGUUUUGGACAGGCCAAAGAAAACCAUCAAGAAGACCAAGAAGACCCGCUCGGAGACGGGAGAAAUUGUCGAGGAAGUUAGCGAGAAAGUCCUUCACCUGAAACCGAGAAAAGAUAGGCGCGAAAGCGUUGAGGUCAAUGUUGAUGUAGAGUUCCUUGAUAUAACUGACCGCGAGAUCACUGUAAAGUCGUUGGAAAGGCAGAUAGCUGAACUUGACAUGGCACCACGCGACACCAUUGAACUCAUAGUUGAGCCAGGUGACCGCGAUUCUGUUGAGUUAACUGAAGAGACCAUUCAAUUGAAACCUGACGACACAAAGACCAAGAAGGUCAAAAGGGUUAAAAAGGAGAAGAGGCCGGACGGCGAAACCGUGCUUCAAAUUACGGAAGAAGUCGAAGAACUGAAGCCAGAGGAGCUGGACCAAAUCGAGGCUCCACUUGGUGAACGACAGCCACGCAAAAUCUCCAAGACUACCAAGAAGGUGAGGAAGCCCUCUGGAGAAUCCGUACUGGUUGUUGAAGAAGUGACUGACUUGGAACCAAAACCUGAAGAAAAGGACCUAGUUGUCAUCAGCGAAACAGUCUUGGAAGUUGUUGAAGAAAAGCCAGACGAGACACCUCAAAGAACGGUGACGAAAGUACGGCGUUCCCGGAAGAAGUCUGGUGAAGAGGUAGUGGAACAUGUCACGGACAAGGAGGAAGAGUUGAAGCCUCGUCUUCCUGAAAAGCCGGAAGGCGUGGAAGAAAAGCCGCUCCCUACUGUCUCCGAGGCCGAACUGGUUCCAGAGAAACCACUCGCCUUCGUCUUGGACGAGAAACCCAAGGUUACAGAGGGCGAAGUGCGCCACCAGAGAACGGUCACCAAAGCGAGAAAGCCCACUGGAGACAUUGUGGAAGUCACCUUGGACACUGUGGACCGAAAGCCCACACCUCAAGAGGAAACGGAUGGCAUUGUCGAAGUCACCGAAAUCACGGAGGAGAAGGUCGAACACGCACCACGCAAAAAGGGCGUUUUGGACAGGCCAAAGAAAACCAUCAAGAAGACCAAGAAGACCCGCUCGGAGACGGGAGAAAUUGUCGAGGAAGUUAGCGAGAAAGUCCUUCACCUGAAACCGAGAAAAGAUAGGCGCGAAAGCGUUGAGGUCAAUGUUGAUGUAGAGUUCCUUGAUAUAACUGACCGCGAGAUCACUGUAAAGUCGUUGGAAAGGCAGAUAGCUGAACUUGACAUGGCACCACGUGACACCAUUGAACUCAUAGUUGAGCCAAGUGACCGCGAUUCUGUUGAGUUAACUGAAGAGACCAUUCAAUUGAAACCCGACGACACAAAGACCAAGAAGGUCAAAAGGGUUAAAAAGGAGAAGAGGCCGGACGGCGAAACCGUGCUUCAAAUUACAGAAGAAGUCGAAGAACUGAAGCCAGAGGAGCUGGACCAAAUCGAGGCUCCACUUGGUGAACGACAGCCACGCAAAAUCUCCAAGACUACCAAGAAGGUGAGGAAGCCCUCUGGAGAAUCCGUACUGGUUGUUGAAGAAGUGACUGACUUGGAACCAAAACCUGAAGAAAAGGACCUAGUUGUCAUCAGCGAAACAGUCUUGGAAGUUGUUGAAGAAAAGCCAGACGAGACACCUCAAAGAACGGUGACGAAAGUACGGCGUUCUCGGAAGAAGUCUGGUGAAGAGGUAGUGGAACAUGUCACGGACAAGGAGGAAGAGUUGAAGCCUCGUCUUCCUGAAAAACCGGAAGGCGUGGAAGAAAAGCAGCUCCCUACUGUCUCUGAGGAGGAACUGGUUCCGGAGAAGCCCCUCGUCUUCGUCCUGGACGAGAAACCCAAGGUUACAGAAGGCGAAGUGCGCCACCAGAGAACGGUCACCAAAGCGAGAAAGCCCACUGGAGACAUUGUGGAAGUCACCUUGGACACUGUGGACCGAAAGCCCACACCUCAAGAGGAAACGGAUGGCAUUGUCGAAGUCACCGAAAUCACGGAGGAGAAGGUCGAACACGCACCACGCAAAAAGGGCGUUUUGGACAGGCCAAAGAAAACCAUCAAGAAGACCAAGAAGACCCGCUCGGAGACGGGAGAAAUUGUCGAGGAAAGUUCCUUGAUAUAA